GCUGGUCGAGGCGAAAUCUCAGCACAGUCGGGAUGACAGGACAGCGAACCUGGAUCCGUCUGCUAAAAACAUGAUAAAUUAUUCAACCUGCAAACGUAGUUAGUAAAUGACUAACUAGGUUUAAAUACUAAACAUGUAGUAUUGCCUCGUCUAAUGUAGGGUCAGUAUAUAAUUAGUUGUGGCUACUGUUGGCACGUAUACUUCGGGCUAACUUUAUGUUAGCAACAUUAGCUAGCUUAUGUUGAAUCUGAAGAAGCACUCAAGUUAAUUUUAGCUAGCGCAACCUACUUUGACGUGGCUUGUCAGUUGCAGCGUUGAGUAUUAUUUAACUUAGAAGUCAGAAAGUUUAACUCAAGUGGAUAAAUCAUGGCGUCGAUGCAGUUUGAUUCGACAACAUAUGAAGAGGAGCACUUUUGACUUUGGGCUGUCAACAAGCUCGCUGACGUUAGCUGUCCUGGCUAGCCAGCUAGCUCUUUUGCUAACAUGGCCAACAUAGAAAACGGUCGUCAAUCGGCGGACACAAGGAGUAUCCGGACUAUAAGUAGCAGUCAUAUGGACGAUGAAAGCUCUUUGGGAUCAGACUCAGAGAUCAACGGCUUCACCAGCGACAGACAGACGGAUAAAUAUGGAUUUAUCGGUGGGGCGCAGCAGAGCGUGGAGGGACAAACUCGUGAGGUUCCUCCAGAGGUGCUCAGACAGAGGGAGGUGAAGUGGUUGGAAAUGCUCGGCCACUGGGACAAGUGGAUGAUCAAGAGAUUCAAUAAGGUGAGGCUGCGGUGCCAGAAAGGAAUCCCUCCUGCCCUCCGAGGCCGUGCAUGGCUCUACCUGUCAGGAGGGAAGAUGAAGAAAGAGCAGAACCGUGGAAAGUUUCAGGAGCUGGACAGCCAGACUGGAGACCCCAAAUGGUUGGAUGUGAUUGAGAAAGACCUCCAUCGACAGUUUCCCUUUCAUGAAAUGUUUGUGUCGCGGGGAGGACACGGGCAGCAGGACCUGUUCCGUGUCCUGAAGGCCUACACUCUGUACAGACCAGAGGAGGGGUACUGCCAGGCUCAGGCUCCUAUCGCUGCUGUUUUGCUUAUGCACAUGCCUGCCGAGGAUGCCUUCUGGGGGCUGGUCCAAAUCUGUGAGAAGUAUCUUCCUGGCUACUACAGUCCUGGCCUGGAAGCAAUACAGUUGGAUGGAGAGAUCCUGUUCGCGCUGCUACGACGUGUCUCCCCGCUAGCCUAUCGCCAUCUGGAGAAACACAAGAUCGACCCCAUCCUCUACAUGACAGAGUGGUUUAUGUGUGCCUUCUCUAGGACGCUGCCCUGGGCCUCUGUGCUGCGGGUCUGGGACAUGUUCCUCUGCGAUGGGGUGAAGAUAAUCUUCCGUGUUGGCCUGGUGCUGCUGAAGUGCAUGCUGGGUACCCGGGAGAAGCUAAAGGCCUGCCAGGGCCAGUAUGAAACCAUGGAGCUCCUCAGGGCUGUAGAGCCUCGAUACAUGCAGGAGGGCUUCCUUGUCCGAGAGAUCUUGGAAAUACCAGUGACGGCACGAGACGUGGAAAGAGAGCAUCACACCCAGCUGAAACGCUGGAAGAAGAAUCGUGGAGAGCUAAACUUCAAGUCACCCCCUAGGAUGCACGGUGCUCGGAUCAUCAUGUUAGCCGAGCCGCCGAGGCGCCAGGACCUGGAGCAGAACCCCACCAUCGUUCUGGAGGUGCCACAGCCCACGCCGAAGCUGAAGAAGGGCAAAGAGGAGAAGAAAAGCAAGAAGAAGAGAAGCAUCAAGAAGUCCCAGGCUAUUGAGGACAUCCCUAAUCCUUACUCUCUGCCCAGUGAUCCUCCACCUCAUCCUUCAACUCCACCGGCCCCGCCUCCUAUCAGCAGAGGGACUCUAGAGACUGUAUCAGAGACUGAAACAGAUGCACCUCCUUCAGACCUUCCUCCUGCCAAAGAAUCUCCUCUUCAGCGCUCCACACACAGCCUUAGCAGCACAGAGCAGGACACCUACCUGUAGCUCAGCUUUGGUGUGCUAAUGGGUGUGGACGAAGCACCAGCACUCUUUGGCCAAUCACCAGCCAGCCUUACGAAGGUCUCUGAUUGGCCGGCAUCACCUUUAUUCAAGUAUUGAACUGUUUUGUACUCAUAUAUUCAGUUUAGAUACCAUUUUGCCUAUGAUAUUACCGGGCUACACUAAAGCAUCACUGCUCAGUGUAAAUCUACGGUGAUGCUUUUCUCCUCUUGGUGCUUGAUGCUCUUUCUCAGACCACAAAAGUCUUAUUUUUGAUUGCACGGGAGACAUGUUACUGAGUCAUUGGGAGUAAAGUUAUUUCUUCUGAAGAGUGUGCUUUCAAGGUUUCAACUGGAGGUGCAGCAGCUGUAGCUCUUUACAUUUCCACUCAUUUCCAACACCUUGAGGUUCUUUGAAAUUGAACUGUACAGCAGGGGGUGUAAUCUCUGUUUUUCUUAUGCCUACAUGUUUCAUUCAGGGUUCAGUCCACUAGAGGGCAGCCUUGUAGAGUUACCGUCCCUGUUAGUGAAGCUGAUCACAGCUUGGAGAGCAUUCUUUCAAGAAUGCACUUGGGAGGUGUUAUUCUGAUACUUGGCUUGAUUUUUUUUCCAGUUGGGAAAUUUGUGCAUUUCAGGAGAAAAUGAGUCACACCACAUUAUCUUUUUCUACAAGCACUAUUUAUUUAAAGAAUACUUCAGAACAAAAUAUAUUGUUUGUGUACAUUUUGCCUGUGCACAAAUGGUCACGUUCUUUUCAUCAUCUGUUGAACUGAUGUGGCUAAGCUGUGUAAACUCCAAUAUUCACUGUGCCAAGCACUUCCAGCCACUUUAGAGCAGCGUUAUCUCACGUUAGUGUGGCAGCAGAGAGAAGAAAGUGGGAUAUUCCUCGCUGUACAAUACAUUCCUGCCUUGUUAAAAGCUAAUCAGUAGAGAAGCUGUCUCUUGCCAGAUCUUUGUCAUUUGAAUUAUUUUGCUUUUGUUUCCUGUGACAUCUUGGACAUUAAGCAAGUUAUAAAUCACCUAAUGGUGCUGACCUUUGUCAUAGAAUUGGUCGAAUAUCCAGAUGGAGCCAAGAAGAUCUUUACUGGUCUAUUUUACUUCAGUAAUUUGCUAGAAUUUCCAAAGCAGACGGUGUUGUUUUGGGAUUACUUAUGACUGUUACCUGUGACCAGGGUUAUUCUGUUCGGACAGCCAAGAGAAAUCAACUGAUUUUAAAGCGUUUUGGGAUAUUUGUAGCAUUUCAUGUUUAAAAAGCUGGAUCAAUUCUUUGGGAGAUUUGAGGGCAUGCAGGUUUGGGACUUUCUUUCGAAACUUAUUGGACAAUCUCUGUCGUAUCAGGUCUGUUUUUUUUUUUUUUUAACUCUAGCUGUAUUUCCAUCAAGUGAUCUGGUUCUAUUCUGUUCAGUACACUACACAUUAUUGCAUUUCCACUGUCAAAAGUUGGAAAGGUACCAAAAUAACCAUUCUGUACCAUCCUACUUUUAUGGCACCCCAUUUUGAGGUACCAAGGAUGCCUAUCUGAACCUAAAUGGUGGACUCACUGCAGUCUUGGUUUGGACGUAAGAAGGUUCACUUCCUGUGCAACAGUGGUAACAAUAGUCAAAGCCAGAAUGUGCCAUAUGUUGUGCUAAUCUGAACAGCUGUCCUCCCUUAUUUUUUCAUAAACAUGCUUUGUAAGACAACAGUGAUGUAUGAUAAAUCCUGCGGGACACUGGUUAGAUUUAAUUAGCAAAUACAGCAAAUUUUUAGCCAUAGUGAUGUGUUAAUUGCGAACGAGUUCUGAAUUUGAGAGCUGGUUUCCCUUUUUCCCAUUUUGGUUGUUUUAAAGAUGUGAAAAAGCCUAAAUGGUACCAAAUAAAGAGCUGUUUGGGAGGCAAAACACCAACUCUGGCCAAAUGAUCCAGAUCUCUUAAUGAGGCAGGAUUCCUGUGACUAUGAGUGAAGCUGCUUGGGCAUUGGCUGUGGAUAAGCCGGCAGGAUCAGGGCUUACUGUGCCAAACUGUACUGAAUCAAACCAGACUGCUUGGUGGAAACACCUUUUGAUGAAAGUGUCAAAAGUUGAAGGGAGUUUGACAAAUUUAAGCACAGGUGCUGAAUAUGUCUUUGUAGUUAAUAAUACAAAAAAGUCCCCAAUACAUAAAAUACAGAGCAGGUGUUGGCCAGUCUCAAAAAGCAGAUGGGGUUAUAAAGCUAACACAUCUAUAAGCAAACUCUUGUAUGCAAUAGUUUUCUAACCUCUUGUUAUACACAAUUUACAUUUUGCUGAUGCUAUUUUAAUUUAAUGCUCAUUGUGUAGAUAUGACAUGUAAAAUAACAUUUUUUUCUGAUGAAAUCUAUUUUUCAAUCUACAGUGCUAUAUUUUAUUGAGCGGUUACAGAUCUCUGGAUCAUUUAAAGUGUCAGACAGUAUACCUUAGCUCAACAUUUGUAACACUAGAAAAAGAAAAGGUUCAUCUGAGAUUUGUGGGUUGUCUCUGCAAGUAUUUUCUCUCUCUAAAUACAGAUUGGUAUUUCACCAUUCAGGUCAGGUUCAUUUAAAAAUAUUUUUGACAAGCAUGGGGCUGUAUGCAUCAUCAUGAGUUUAAAUUCUGCAAAUAAAUUUUGUGUAAAUCUGA